CCUGCGCCCUCCCCCUUCUACAUCAUGUCAUAAAGACGUCUACAGCUGCCUAUUUAUUCUCAAGCUGCUUCAACAGCUUCCAAAUCAUCAGCUGGAGACCGGUUCAGCUUUCCAGAUUUACAAGAGACACCAGUAGCACAUCAUUUCACUUCUUCUACACAAGAAGUUCUGACACGCUGUAUCCACAACAAUUUGUAUUGUCAGAGAGUAGGGCUACUGAAUCCACAGCUCUAAAUUUUGCUUCAAUGUUGAGAAUGGAAGAAAUAGCCAAUGGCACCAUAACAAACCAGGGAAAUGGCUUAACUCAGGAUCCACCAAGCCAAUUUACCAAUGGAAAGGACAAAAAUGAGUAUCUCUACAUACUGAUAGUCAUGUCUUUCUAUGGAAUAUUUCUGAUGGGCAUCAUGUUGGUCUAUAUGAGGUCCAAACGGAAGGAGAAAGAAUCUAAGCUCUUUCUCCUUUAUCAAGAUGAGGAGAAACAAUGGAUGGAAAUCAGAAAAAGUGCAUCUUCCUUGUCUGUAUUCAAGCCAACCCCACCUUGCACUGUACUUACAAUGCUACAGGAAACAUUUGCAACAGGCAGGUUCUGUACUGACUGUAAUGGAGCAGAUAGCAGUAUAAGUUCUGAAUCUUCAUCUUCUGAUGUACACGUUACCAUUCAAGAAGAAGCAACUGAAGGACUGGUUCAGGACAAGGCAGAUGAAAAGGCUGAGGAGCCAACUCAAAUUUCCUAGCAAAGAACAAGAGAAACUAUUUAUCUAAGGAGUCUAGAGGAUCUCUGUUGAGGAGACACUAGUCCUGGGUUUGGGUCAUAUUGCCUAGUGAGCUCUUUUUAGAGAAAUUAACUACAAAUGGUUUAAAAUCAAGCAUGUUGCAGUGGGCAUAUAAAUGUGUGCAGAAAGGUUAAACUUCAUUAAAAGGCUUCAUAGGUUUUAAUGUUGAACCUGGCCCUAGGAACCAAUAGCAAGUCCUGUCCUACCGGGGGCAUAACAAAGACCGAUAAGUGACCAUGUAGUUCUACAAAGCCAUACUGAACUAAUAGUGUCAGCAUUAGAUACAUUAGUUUGUUGUUUUGUGAGAAGGGUCGGUGCCCUGCGUUCUUCAUCCUGGACAUAUAAGGACAUAUUGUCCUACACGGGGCUACCUACUGUUGUAGAAGUUGUAACCUACAAAUUGCUUUAGAUCCAAGAAUAUGUAUUUCAAGGGAUGGUAACUAAAGCGUACGAAGUGCACUUGUGCACAGAGAAAAAAGGAGGAAAAUGACUUCCUGACAUUUAACUGUUGCACUGAUACAUGUCAUAGUUAACUAAUUAAUUUUAUUACCUAUUGCUUUACAGAAAGUCUAUACUGACUAGAGCACAUCUUGAUAGAUUGGAGCAAGGUUAAAGCAGUGAUAAAGUCGCUCUAAAGUUCUUUUUAAUCUUCGAUUUAAAGAUUUUUAAAGAUUAAAAUAUAGUUAAUGAAUGUAAGACUUUGAAGUAAGCAAAUUUCUGUAAUGUCCGUUAUAAACUGUUUUGUAUAAAGGAUUAGUCUAUCCAACCAAGAUAUUUAAAUUUUGCAUUCAUGCAGGAAGGAUGAAACUGUAAUACUGCCAGUACGUUAUCUGGGCCUACAAUCUCUCCCUCAUCCAACUAAGCUCCAGCCAUCCACUAUGUUACAGGAGAGUUUUACCAUAUUAGGGUUGUGUUGCAUUAUGGAGAAGUGAACAAGAAAAGUGAGCAUCCCUUGCUUGGCCUUAUAAAAGUAGUAGUGAAGUAAGCAAUGAGAUCUUAUCAGUAGAUAUCUUUAUAUAUAAAUAGCCAGAGAGUGAUUCAUCCCAUUGAACUGAAAUGCACUUUGGUAGAUUAAAGCUGUUUUAGUAGGCUUCUAUUACGUUGUAAUGUAUUACCCCAAGGUAUAUAGAACUCUGCCCUGUACAAUCUGCCUACUACCACAUGCAGUCAUUUCUGGGUUAGAGUCAGUCAUUUUUGGGAACAGUUGCUUUAUACUUUUGCAUCUAUCAAAAAUGAUUAUAACGCUAAGACCAAGCACAUAAUGUAAGAGGGCCUCCACCACUUUGAUCAUCACUAGUGUUUGUAUUCUGACCAGCUGUACAAAUUUAGCAGACCUUGCCAGUAUGAGAAGCUAAAUGAUGCUUGUAAUAAGUUUAAUUCAUUAAAAGCAGGAGUUAUUAUUCUUACAUUGUAACAAAAGGCAACAACAUCCUAAUGCUACAUGUCUGUGAUUAGAGUGUAAAAUUUUUUUUUCAUCUGACUUUAUAAAUUGCAGGCCUUUAGUGUUCAUAGCCUUUUAUCUUUUCAUUUUUUCACUGUACAAAACACAAUUAAUUUAGGUAGUACUGUGUGACAUUCUGUCUAAAACACAAAAACGUCCUUGAAACAAAGCAGCGAGUGGAAAAAAUCUACCAUAAGCACUGACCAAAUUCCUCUUCUCAUCAGCCUAGAGCAAUCCAAACAAUGAGAAUAUAACUGGUUAUAAGUUUCUAUGUAUAACUGACGUUUUUAUGUCCCCUCGUUAAAUGAGUCUGAAAAGCCCAUGCUUAAAAAAUGUUUAUCGGACUACCUUUUGCAGUGAUAGUAACUGUAACUACAACUCCAAGAUUAAUUAAAAAAGUAAAAGAAAUAUCCACACAAAGUUUAUACAUAGAUGGAGAAAAUGUAAAUGUUGAAGGGGCGAGUAUUUAAUAUUGCUAUUUAUAUACUGUAGUACUUUGUUCUAGAGAGCAGAGUUCUCCUUUCUAUUGUAUGUCCUUGUGUUGUCUCCUAUUUUACUGUUUUUAUGAAAUGCUGUGAAUAUGUUGGUGCUAGAUGAAUAAAGGAUUAUAAUAACCCUC